AGGGCUGCGAUUUCGGACAGAGAUAGUGCGUCCGAGCAAGCUCUCUCGUACAAGUCGAUUUCAUCACGCACACGCACCGUGAGAAGAUAUUGAUAUUAAAUCAUAAUAUGAUCAAAAACUUGAUUGAAGAUCUCCUGUGGCCUCACUGUAAUUAUAGUAUCUUUUGUCAUCUUUCCUAGUUUGUGAUCAUAGAUAUCAGUCUCUAUUCACGUGUAAAAAGCAGUCUAGUACCUUAAACUUUUCAUUCGUAGAAAGAUCGUAAUAUGUUUAGGUGUUUGCGGUUUAUGCACAACAACCUUUUGGAAUAAUAGAAGCUGCACGGAAGAGGAAGCACUAAGCUGUCAUUCGAAAUAGAAGCACAAGCAAACUGAGCUUGUUUUAGGUGUAAUAAAAGCAUGCAGAACGAAGUAGAGCAGUCGUCUAUAAAGUCCUGGUCAUUUCACAAUAAGACUAGACGCGCGCUCAAUUCGCUGCCAAUGCUAAGUUGUUAGUUUUACUUCAAUAAUUGCACGAACUGCUGUUCAUCAAAUACGCUUUUCAUCAUCAUCAUCAUCAUCACAAGCCUUGUUUGAUCUUUGUAAAAAGCACUCGGUAGUAGAGCACGUUAUCAUGAAUGGUGUUGUACUAGCACACUAAGCUAAAGAUUUUCAUGUACUAAAGAUACGCGUCCGUGCAUACUAAGUUACUAGUUGUGUAAGUAUUCUUUCAUAUUCAGUGUGUAAAUCCACCUAUCAAGUUGUUGUAACUACAAGUAGAGCCAAUUAUUACCAACGUUCAGCUCCUGAAUUCUAUAUCUUGUUCAAAAUGCUGUUUUUUUUGGAGAAGUAUCGUCUUCCCUCAGCAGCUGUGGCUGUUGCAGCAUGUCUGAUAGGCAUAGCGGACUGUGCGAUGCUGCAGCGCGCUGGUCGUAGUGGACUCCUGUCCGAGUCCUCUUUGGUGGGGAACCCAGAUACUAGAAAGACAAUCCACGACACCAACACAGACUUCAUGAUCAAAGAAAAACCACAUUCUCCUCGUCAUGAAAAGCCUCUUCUCGGAACAAGAACCGCGUUUGCGGUGUCGCGAGAUAGGCAAGAGCUUGUGGAGGGACCCCAGGGCAUGGACGUGGACGUGGAUGGACCACAGAAACCACGCGUAUUAACAGGACAGUCUCCGGAGUCCAUGGACGUCGAUGUCUCAACAACGGAACAGGCCUCUGCAGACGCAGUGCCACCGUCUCCGCAAGAGACCUCUUCGGUGAUGACGGUGUCUCCCCAAGAAGAACCGUUGCCGACGAGUGAAGUCGAACCUAGUUCACCCAGUGUGGUUGAGCCCAGUAGUUGUAGCACUAGACCCAGUUCGCCCAGUGUGGUUGAGCCUAGUUCUAGAACUCCACAUAAAAACGUCGCUCCUCGCAGAGCACGCCGAACAGCUUCGCCUCGUAGAGGCAAGGAGGCAGUUUCACACGUUGUACAAGCACCUCAGGGACCUGCUUCAGGAGCACAUCAACCAAUGGAAGUUGUCGUGGAAGAGCAGCGGCACGAGGAUGCUGUAGUUGAGCCUCUACGAGCUGACUACUCGAAAUUGGAUGCGCAGCUCGACGUGGAGCAUGCGCGUUGCACCACAGAUUACGGAGCUGCGCACAACCGCAUGCGAAGGCGUUUUCCUGCAACAUUCGCGCUUCGGUCAGGAAUGUCACCGCUCCAUCAGGCGGCGUGUGGCGGCUACACGCGGCAAGUGGAAUUCUUAGUGGACAAGUGCUGCUACCCCGCAGACUUGUGCGACGAAUGCAACAUCCGACCGCCUCUGUUUUUAGCCGCUCAGUUUGGGCACGCCCAAACAGUCGAGUGUCUCCUACAAAGGGGAGCCCAUGUGGACGGCUUCGUCGCAAUAAGGAGAUGCGCUUCUAAAUGUUUAUGAACUGGUGGCAGAAUAAGGUAAAGUUCUUAGGGGAAUACUUGGAUGAAGGGGAAUACUAGGAUACUUCACAUCAUUGAGCUUCCUUUUUCCUAAAAUGAGUUUUUUUGUCCAUGUUAGUAGCGAUUUUUUCGUGGUAGCUAGUGAAAACUAAGAUGAAAGUAUACUCUCCUAACUUCAAGUGCGAAUAGCUACGUGUCAGGGGAGUCUCCCAUUAACGGUCUGUGGAAUCCGAACGAUCCAGGGUCGUACUGCGCGACGGAGGACGGACGAUCAUGCGUAGCAUUUGGAGACGGGGAGACGACCGAUGCGGCCAUGACUCCUCGAACCGUAAGCAAAGCGACUAGUGCCUCAGCUUCGUGUGCUGGUGCUUACAAGCAACAAGUUCUUGCAGAUGAAGAACAACAUGAACAUUAUAGGGAUUUAGAUGAACAUCCAUCGGCUGCUGUUGAUGCUGGUGGCAGGCAUCAUCUAUCUUCGAAUGCGAGUGCUAAAGGUAGCGGUCGUGAUGGAAGAGCGGGCUCGUCUGGUCUCAACCGCGUAGCUAGUGAAGAAAGUCGCCACGGCAGUCCAACAUCAGAGACGAAAAGGAAGAGUCGAGUGAGACUCGCUAGUCCUGGUCUUCUGCCUCGAUGCGAGCGAGGAGAUACAGAAGGUAAUAUUAACGAUAAAGAACUACAAGACGCAAGAACUUCUUCCCUGACCAUGAUGAGCAACCAGGACGCAGCUUCGCCAUCAAUGAACAAAGAUUCUGCAAAGCAAGACGCAUCUUCGCCGUUGUAUUCGGGGACUGCAGCUGGACGCAGUCGCUUGGGCAGUUACACCUCAGUGGACACACCUCCAUUGGCUUUUGCACAACAUGCUUUGGAGGGGAAUCUCACGUCGAUGGAUCUGCAAAAUGAUAGCCGCGUUCCAGCAAGGGGUGCCGAUCCUACAUCAGCGUCUUCCAAUCCCGCAGCAGCAGCAUCUUCUGCUUCUGGUGCUGCACUUCUGGUGCAGCAGCAUCCUGUUGCACCACAGGACGCACUUCGCGUGCUCCAAUUUGAGACCACAGUACAGCUGAAGUCUUCACCUAACAGGGGUAAAUGCAAGACGAAGGAGAAACACCAAGAUUUCCAAGAUACCUGGAUACCCGCACAAAGCAAAACGAAGAAGGAGCAGAAUCAAUGCAAGACGAAGGAGAAACACCAAGAAGGUACGCGCUUGCAGCAAGUAUCAACGAACAUUCUGGUGCCAACUACCCCGAACAUCAAUGUUGAAACGUCCUCUGCGGCUUCCACACCUCGACGUGUCGUGAAAAAGGUGGAUAUCAAGCUGCCCACUACUUCCGAAACUGACAUGUUAACUCCUCGUUGCAGCCCAAGAGCUGGAGGCGCAGCACAAGAACCACAACACGACUCGUUCUCUUCGCCGCGGCCUACGCGCGUCGAACUUACCGUCCCUCCUUCCCCCGCCGUCCCUCCUUCGCCGUUCGGAGAAGCGCCGCCUGAACUCGAUGCCGAUCUUCUGGGAUCAAGCGCUACAAAUAGCAGUCUUCCACCUGAGGAUGAUUAUUUUCGCGAAUACGGGCUUGACGUCGAGGACGAACGGGGAGAUGUGCUCUCGUUGUGCGAUCGCCUUGGAGCACAGGAAGAAGAAUUUCUCUGUUUCGGCCGAAGACAUUUUGCUUCGACCGCCGCUGAGGAUCCUGAACCAGAAACUUAGGCUUAUAGAAUAUCACAUCCUUUUAGAUUUAGACUGAGGAGGUUGAGUCUAAUUUGUAGUACGGUUACUAUAAGCAAACGCAGUCAAGUUCCGUGAUUUUUGAGUCUGAUCAGCAAUAAUUUCAACAAAGAUGCGUACUAACAUCGACGUCAUCAAGUGGAGAAAUGAGUCAGCUUCACGUAUAGACAGGAAUAGUUUUCGAACCCUAGUUUUGAGAUAAGUUUUUCUAAUGAAGUACAGCCUUACAUGCCGCGGCGCGAGGGGGACACGGCGGCUGUACGCGUUUGCUAUUAGAUAACAAAGCAGACCCAAAUGUGCGUGAUGCGCAAGAUAAAACCCCACUCGUGCUCGUCCUGGAAAGACACUUUCAGCGACCCGGUCGCCCUCAUAGGCUUAAGCAGGCGACGUGCCGCGUCGAAAACCUCAAUAUACCAGAAUCGCUAAAACAAGAAUUGCAUCACGAACUUUUUUAUGACUAGUUGUAAAGCUUAUCCAUGAUGAGCAUGCUUACUCAAUAAGCACGAUAAGCUAGGAACAAGCAUAAGCAUCCAUUACUCAAUAAGCAUAAGCCGAAGCUAGUAGACUCGAAAUAAGGUAGCAAGAAGAUGCACUAGCAGUGAUGAAUGACAGGGAGAUUUGAGUGAGACUUGACAAGUAGUUCCGAGUAAAUUGAUGAUUUUACUGCGUGAGAAGUUGCUCAUUGUCCCUCGAGUUUCAUCUUGCAUGUUUGAUCUUAUUGUGAGUAGCAAGCUUGACCCCUUUCACAUUUGGCAGCAGCACCGAGAGCAGCAACAGGGAAGUAGUUCAAGCCAGCAUCCUCGGCACUGCGAUUAUCGAGAACAAGUUCAACGUGAGGUGCAUUUGCGUGACGAAUAUAGGCAGGAAUCAAAAAAAGCGCUGCUGUCACUCUUUAACUUAAGGGUUCUAAGUUAACCUUUCUAUGCGCAUUGUUGUAUCUAUGACGUUUAUUUUCACGUCAAGGAAAGUCAUAUGCCUUGUAGGGACGCACAGAAUAGAAAGUAAAGGAAAGUCAUACAUAUGCGAGAUAAGUAGAUAGGGCAACUGGAAACCUCUAAUGCACGAAGAGAAAGCCUGGACGAAAGAAUUGAAUCGCAGAUACGCGUUUUUCUGCACGCAAAUCGUCGAAGUGCUGAAGUUAAGACACGAAAAGAUGCUGGUGAAUUAGAGAAAUCACAUCUGAUAGAUGAUUGAGCUGUGUGUGCGGUUUCUAGCAACGCAAAAGAACAACAAUGUCGUGCCGAAUGAGGUGUUACUGAGUUGUCACCACAGUAGAGUAGAUUCUUUUUCGCCGUUUUCAUAGUCGUGAGCGCUCACUUCUCCGAGGCGAGCCAAUUCCUAUCCUAUCCUAUUUUUACAUUUCCUUUGAAAGUCCAGCAAGAUCUUGUGCUACAAAGUAGAAGGUUUUUUUCUCUUUCUCUUUCUUUCACCUAGACUUCAAGUACAGGCUUAGUAACGUUGCACUUCAUCUCAUCUCUUUCUCCUCCUAGUGAAUCGGAAUUACGUCUAAUGACAGAGCUGCUAGAGCGCGGCGCCGAUUUCGAUACGAACUUGUACGAGGGCGAUGCCCAACGGAUGCUCGAAUACGCAUUGCGGUAUGUUCGGAAAGACGAAGAGAGCAAGAUCGGGACUAAAUAA